AUGAAUUGCUUCAACAGCACUAUCAAUAGCGCUGAUAAGCUUCGCAAGGGCAACAGAUGCACGCCCUACGAUGUAGCUCACCUCUACAAAGCCAUGCAAGAUCAAGGAGUGCUAAUAAAAGACGUCUACCUUGCUCCCGGCAUGACGGUUCUCAUGAUAAUUAACAUCCUGGCACCUCCGCGAGUCGCAGACGGUGCCUUGGCAAUCGUCCAGGACAUAUCCAAAUCCUGGCUUACGCUCCAUAUCUUGGACUCCGAAACAGUCAUCCGACUGCCCCAAAUAUGCAAGAUCAUCAUGCUGGCUCCCUUGCCAGUGAUGGCACAUCCCCGUUCUCAUCUAACUAACCCUCAUUCCAUAGACGUUACUCUAACAGCGCAUCAUGCCGCUGACGCAAUGGGCAUCCCCGUUCAGGAUUACGUCGCCUUGGCUUCCAUCUUCCUUCAUCGGCUAGCGGUGCAACAGGUCGCAACGAUAACAACCGAAACCUGGACGAUGACAGAUUGCAGCAUUAAGAAAAUAACCUCAACGUCAUGUCCAUCAUGCCGUACGGAGGAUGCUCAAAGCUCAUUGCUGAACGGUGACAGCAUUCGAACGGUUUUUUCGGGAGAAACCGGCGACGGGCAAGCAACGAGCAGCUUUGCACUUGCGUGGAAUGAGCAUGUUAGAAAUCGACCUGAUGACGGAAAAACAAGCAUGCCAAAACAAGCAUGCCAACUCAUGAUCUGCUAUGGAAUUGCCAAGCUCGGAGCAACUUGCUAUGCUGACCAAACUGAACGUACAACUACCACCGCAGCCCUUUUUGACAAAUGUCGGCUCGCUUUUUGUGAUGUUAUCUCUGCGCACUUUACUUGGUUACACAUUGUUGGCUUCGUCCACCUCUGGCAGAUCCUCUGCCUGGAGCAGGCCAGCGUCCUCCGGGACCAACUGAUUCCCAACCGCCUUUUUUGCUGCCUUUUUGUCAGAUCUAUGGCUCCAUGGCCUCUGGGUCCGACGAUGGCGGGCGUAAUGCUGUCAUGGAUGCCUACAACACACCGCAGGUGGAAGUCCACACUUUGCCGAGGUAUGGGUUGUGGUCGUAGCACAGGCUACAGCUGGAACCCCAGUCCCUGGCUCAUGGAGCCCCGUCACCAAAUGGAAGCACGUGUGGGUCAAUGGUGUGCCAUUCCAGGACUGGCCGUACGACUAAUGGGCUGGCUGCAUCCCUCCUGA